AUGGCAGACCCCGCAGUCCCACACUUUGACCCUCCCGGCCGCAAGAGCACAUCAAGCCCCUCGCCAGGUCCAAACAACGGCCAAACGAUCAGUUUAAGCCAUCGCUCGAGCUUUGCAGAGAACUUGAGGCACUCUCCACGUUCCCAACGUCAUCCAUCCUUCACACAAGCUGCUGUUCAAGAGCUUCUCAAUCAUCCGCCAGCUCCCAAAAGCAGCGAUCCAAAAUUUGUUGGACGAGAUUGGAGACAAAUACGCGUGGCAGAGCUUAUCGACAAUACUGAAGUGAGAUGGGCUGAGCUUGAUGUUGGAGUCGAACAGGCUACGAAGCUGCUGGUCGACUUGGGACCCCCAAACGUUAUUCUCCUACGCGAAAAGUCCUCUGAUACCAGUGCCUGCGGAACCUUCGAUUAUAGCGACCUGAAUGCAUAUCUCCUCGUUGUUGUUGGACUGGCGAACCCGGAAGAAGGUCAAGUAGAUGUCUUCGAUGCGUUGGCAAAGAAAGCUCGCGAAGGGGUUUCUAUACCAGUACGAGACAUUCAAACCUUAGCAAAGAAGAGUCCAUUAGUUACUUUACCAGAGUCGGCGGACCUCUCUAAAGCUAUCGAACAUUUUGGAAGUGGUGUGCACAGAAUAUUGGUUUGCAAAGACGGCACUACGGAGGUUAUUGGUAUCUUGAGCCAGUUGAAGCUGGUCAGGUUUCUUUGGGAUAAUGGCACGAGCUUCGCAGCUAUUGAUGCAUUGUAUCCAAUGAUCUUGAAAGACUUGCAAAUAGGAACUCCUCAAACCAUUGCCAUCAAUGGAGAUAGAAGCCUAUCAGAUGCUCUCCAACUUAUGAGCGAUGAAGGUCUUACAAGCGUGGCUGUGGUGGACAAUGCUUCCAAUGUCGUUGGAAAUAUCUCGACUGCAGAUGUGAAGCUGCUCACCAACAGCAGCAGCAUUCCACUUCUAAAGUCUACGUGCAUCCAUUUCGUCUCUGUCAUUCUCUCGGAGCGUGGCAUUGGCGAUGGCAAAGAUUCCUUCCCUGUAUUCCACGUCAAUCCAUAUUCUACACUUGCUCAUACAGUAGCCAAGCUUGUUGCCACCAGAUCACACAGAAUGUGGGUCGUUGAGUCAGCGUCCCCAUCUCCCUCAGCACCAGCUACACCACUAGCCACGCCGUCCAUCACUCACGCUCUCCAUUCCUCGCCUUCCAACUCCACUCCAGCAUCUCCAUCUCUGUCCGGUGUCUUCCCAGCCGUCUCAGCCGCUUCUCUCCCUGGCGCUCGGAUAUCCGGCCGUUUGACUGGCGUCAUCUCCCUUACCGACAUUCUGAACCUCUUUGCCCGCCAAUCGGGUCUUAAUCCUCUUAGUCCCAAUGACCAGAGAUCCCGAAGACGCCGCAGCUCAAGCAGUUCAGUGCGACCAAGUUUCGACUCAGCACGAAAUUCAAGCACUGAAAUACGAAGAUGA